UAGCAGUUCUCUUGAUUCCAUUUCACUGUCGAAACGAUACUGGAGCACUUUUUUUGCACAUACCUAAAGGAAAAUCCCAAAUAACGAGCACCUAGCAACUUUGUUUAAGUGCAAUAGAGGAACUGUACGAGACAGUUUACCCGUACACGGUGCGUUGCGGAGGGAUUUAGAAAUAAAAACCCAGUGUUGUGCAGUUGCAUUCCCUACCACUUCACUUGCGCUGGAUACGGGGAGGCUUUGACUUUUUUCAUCCCAGUUUCUGUCUCAAAACAACCGUAUUCUCGUCUAAAUCUGCUGAAGAACCUGACGGGGCAGAAGCCAUCAUCCCACAGAACAUACUAAAGGCCUGGGGAAGUCAUUAGCCACCACACACAACAGGACACUGAUCUUGUCCGGUCCAGUCCAUUCGUCAGUCCCAGGGCCAGCACAGGGGGGUCGCUCCGGAGGCCAGAGCCCAUCCGGACCGGGACCCUGUGAUGUCGCACUGACUGACCCCCCUCUCUGCGAAUGACCAGCAAGCAUCUGAGGGUGGGGCCCGCCUCAGUCUCGCAUGAUUGGCUGCUGGAUGGAAUUAAGGUGAAUGGAACACAUGCCCAAGGAGCAGGACCCUAACCUAUCAGAGGGAGAAGAGAAACUGUGGAUCGAUGGCCCGAAAAGGAAAAGAAAGAACAGUUCAUGUUCUGUGAAGAGCAUGUCUGAAAUGAAUGGAUACGGACAGACUGGGUCAGAGAGUACAGGGUACAUCCCCAGCUACCUGGAGAAGGAUGAACCGUGCGUGGUGUGUGGAGACAAGGCCACUGGCUACCACUACCGCUGCAUCACCUGUGAGGGCUGCAAGGGUUUCUUUCGGCGGACAAUUCAGAAGAACCUCCACCCCGCCUACUCCUGUAAGUACGAUGGCUGCUGCAUCAUCGACAAGAUCACCCGCAACCAGUGCCAGCUGUGCCGCUUCAAGAAGUGCAUCGCAGUGGGCAUGGCCAUGGACCUCGUCCUGGAUGACUCUAAGCGGGUGGCCAAGCGGCGUCUGAUCGAGGAGAACCGGGAGAAGAGGAAGAAGGAGGAGAUGGUGAAGACUCUGCAGAACCGUCCGGAGCCCACCGGCUCAGAGUGGGAGCUGAUCCGCAUGCUGACCGAGGCCCACCGCCACACCAAUGCACAGGGCUCCCACUGGAAACAGAAACGCAAGUUCCUGCCAGAGGACAUAGGUCAGUCUCCCGUGGCCCCCACGUCGGACGGAGACAAGGUGGACCUGGAGGCCUUCAGUGAGUUCACCAAGAUUAUCACCCCUGCCAUCACCCGCGUCGUCGACUUUGCCAAAAAACUUCCCAUGUUCUCGGGGCUGCCUUGUGAGGACCAGAUCAUCCUAUUGAAAGGCUGCUGUAUGGAGAUCAUGUCGCUGCGCGCCGCCGUGCGCUACGACGCAGAGAGCGAGACACUGACCCUGAGCGGCGAGAUGGCUGUCAAGCGGGAGCAGCUGAAGAACGGCGGCUUGGGCGUGGUGUCGGACGCCAUCUUCGACCUGGGCAAGAGCCUGGCGCAGUUCAAUCUGGACGACACGGAGGUGGCGCUGCUGCAGGCUGUGCUGCUCAUGAGCUCAGACCGCUCGGGCCUCACGAGCAGUGACAAGAUCGAGAAGUGCCAGGAGACCUACCUGCUGGCGUUUGAACACUACAUCAACUACCGCAAACACAACAUUCCCCACUUCUGGCCCAAGCUGCUGAUGAAGGUGACGGACCUGCGUAUGAUCGGGGCGUGCCAUGCCAGCCGCUUCCUCCACAUGAAGGUGGAGUGUCCAACUGAACUUUUCCCCCCGCUCUUCCUGGAGGUCUUCGAGGACCAGGAAGUGUGAGUGGCACCCCCCGCUGCCAAAUAGUAGAGUGGCGACUUGGGAAGGAAUGGCUGUUUUUCUGGAGCGGGGGAGGGUUUUGGCAGGACUUGUGUUUCUCCGACAUUUACGUGGUAAACAACAGGCAACAACCACACACCAGCAGCAGAGGUCAAACAAACAAUGAUUUUUGCUUUUAACCAACCACCUCUUCGUACCUGUUUUGGGGAAUCAGUUUGGCGGCCCUCCCUGUCUGAGCAUUCUUAUCCAGUGGGAGUUGCAUCCCUUUGCCAAGGCGCGCGCACGCACACGCACACACACUCUGGGUCCCUUCCCAGAGCCUUGUCGGCGGCACCUCAUUUGUCACUCGCCACUAGAUGGUGGUCUUCACAGCUUUGCACCGGUUUGAAAUGAUGGCAACCAUGUUUUAAACUGGUCCGCUAAUUUCAGUCUCAGAAUUAGUGUAAAACAAUAAUUCAGGUGACGCUGUCACACACAAGCAGAGGUCCUGAGUGUGUGCCAUAUAGCGCCUACCAUAGAGCAAAGCUACCAGUACCUACUAUCAUCUCCCAACGCAACUGAGCCAUGAGCGUGAUCAUGUUUGAAACAAGUCAGGUGCUAUGUUUAUAAGUCUCCUUUAAUUGUCUGAAAUGUGUAAAACUACAGACCAUGGCUCCGUAUCUACCUUCAGUUCUGUCAUUAGGCCGGUUCCUGUGACUCACACACACACACACACUGGGCAGACGUGCCUUGUGCUGCUGGUGCCAGCAGUAGACCCUCUUAUGAAUGACAAUUGAGCCCUUCUCUCUCCAAGAAAAGUCAUCGCAGUGAAGGAAAGAGGGGAAGAUGGAAGGGGCCCACUGACGGGGAGAGUUCUCAGAGGAGUACGAGUGAAAGAGAAGAGGGGAGGAAUAGGAUGAGAGAGAGAGAGAGUUAAAUCACUGGCAAGUAGACUCCAUAUAGCAUCCAUAUAGACUCCCACACUAUGUCUGAAUAGCAGUGAACAAGGCAGGCAACUCAUGUCUCUCACACACACACACAUCCUCACCUCAGAAACUCAAACGCCAUGUUGACUGUACACAUUGCAGUGAUGUAGCCCUGACCUGCAGGGUAAGUUAGUCCGAGUCUGCGCCUGUGUGACUCGGCUCAGUAUGGCCACUCCAAGCUUCCAUACUCAGUUGUUAGGGUAGCGGUCACUGAGAAAGGGCAAGGUCAAUGACGUCUGCCAUUUACCUCAAAGUGGGCACACCUUCAAGGCUGGGGCGCCGCCAUCGCUCCUGUGCUGACAGGCUCUACCUCACCUCUGGACACAGGGCAGCAGCCCCCAGCCUCCUCACCCACCCAUCUACACACACACACACACACACACACACACACAUACACUCUUAAGGAUACUCAACAAACACACAUAUGUGCAUGGGUGGAAACUCAUAAGCACACAUACAUUAAGACGAAUCCCUCAAACACACAAUCUCAGUACUACCACUCAGUUGAAAUGAAAUACCACUGAAGACAGGAGGGCCUGCCCUUCCCUAUGGGGACCUCAUUGGUUUCACUGACUUCUCUCCUCUUUUUCGGGGGAACGGGGGAUGGUAACCAUUACGUUCGGCUUUUCUCUUUUUUGUUAUGUGGGACCAAGUGUCACUAUUCAAAUUUGGAGUCCCUAUUUAUUUGUAUUUUUUUCAGUUGAAACAGAAGCCAAUAAAUCACACGACGGAGGAAAUGACAUGUACAGUCCAGCUGUCGCCCUGGAAGAGGAUUGGCUGGAGAAGCGAUACACCGCGAGCAAGCGGAGAACCCCAAGGUUACCGGGCCGUAGACGGGCGGGUUUAGCACUGUUGAGGGAACAAAAAAAAGUUCAAAGAGACAACCAAUUUUCAUUGAAUGCUAAGCAGUAGUUUGUGAACGACUGAACGAGGCGGCGGGAGGGAUGAAUGGAUGGAUGCGUUUCAGCAUUCCGGGAGCAUGUGGAGGAACGCGUGAGGACAUGGAGCCGAGCGUUGAGUGGGACCAGGAUGGCAGGUACUCAUAGCAGACGGCCAAGCCUAACUGCAGCAACCUCAACCGCCGUAGGUGGAAUCAACCCGAAAUCGACUGUUACCAGACUUCAGAGCACUCUAGUGGAGCAGCCAGAGCCCCCUCACACUACUGCAGUAGUCCCAACCCCUCUCUCCACCCUCCCCACCCUCAUCAGCAACUAUACAACCCCUAAUCCUCAAACCUAGCUUCAAGUCCUCUGUCAGGCAUGCCCCCUCCUCUGAGAGUCCUGGCCGACUCUGUAUAACAUAGGCCACUGGAACAGGGCUCCCAACUAACCAUGUCACAUUUUCAGUAUUAAACCAACAGACCUCCUCCCCAACCCUCAUCCACUCUGGGCUGGAGACGUCCCUGGGUGAGGGAGGGAUGGUCCGGGGUCUGUUUGUCACUCAUACACUCUCCUCUCAGCAUUGGUCUCCAAGUCUACCCAGAUCCAGCCCCAGUACAUACUCCUUCCCCUGCCCAACCACCCAUUCACCCAACUCAAUGUAGGAGGCCAACGGUAGGUCUGAAAAAUGUACACCAAACUGAAUCCAUGCCGCUCCCUUGUGAGACAAGGCUGGCCAUAACCGCUCACUUAGAGCGGCGUUACCGAAUGAAUGUGAACGGCAAAGCAGCAAUGGAAGCGAGUGAAGGAGAGAGCGUAAGGGAGCGGGACAGAAAGAAGGUGGGGGCAUCAGCCCUUCCUUCCGUCCUUCGUAUGGCGUGGGUUGGAGGGGGACCGUCGCCCGUGGUCAAAGCUCCGUUAUGAACUCAGAGGACGGGGAGAUGAUCAGGUGGUCUCCCCCUUAACUCCCUCAUUGAGGCAGCGAGUCCCCACCUUCGGCUCUCCAUAAAGGAGAGCCACCAACUUUCACAUGGAGACGAUCGGCAACAGAAACAGAAGCGCCAUUCAAUGGAUGCGGGUAUGAAACUCCAAGCUUCGUUGACAAAGAACGAAGUGACAGAAAAAAAAAGGUCCUUAGUUCCUGUGAGCCGAUUGGGUGUGUGUGUGUGUGUGUGAAAUGGUUGGUUGAAAUGCUGCUUUUACCUUCUGAGUUGAAUUUUUAUUGAGAAAGACAUAUAUGAUGAUAAUGAUUAUGUACCCAGAAAAGUGAAAUGAGGAAUAUAUGACUUUAAAAAGACUCCUGAACAAAAGUCGAACGCUUGGAGAUCUUUUCCCCGUCAUUGUAUCUCAAUGUUUUUUUUUGUGUGAUGUUUAUGUAAAAACACAUUUUUAACGCUUAAACUGCUUUUACGUCAAAGAGAGAAAAAAAGAACAGCCGUAGUCACUUUUUGACCACGCGUGCAGCGUAACGUAGACAUUUUCCAUCACCUAUAGUUUGUGUUGAUAAGCCAACUGUUCUGUUGUCUGUGCAUCUGUCUGAUUGUCCGUCCCUUUUCAGGAGGAAUUUACCACAAACAAAAAACAGGAAGAUUCUUUUUAUAUAAAUAUAUAUAUAUAUAUAUAAAUAUAAUGUUUGCUUUUUUAUGAAAGAAGACUUUGAAGAAAAAAAAUUCACAAGCAGGAAAAAUAAUGCAACCGAAACUGAAACACAAUCUUCUCAUACCUCACACAACACAAAACUCAAAAAGGAACAUGGGAGGAGUGAUGAUUCACAGGCACAUGUGGAAGUGCGUAAAUGCAUUUUUAAAAAAAAGAAGAACAUUGAGGUAUAUAUGUGCUUGUGGCGUGUACGCAUCUGUAGCGAUUACAAAAAGACUCAACCGCAAGCCUUGGCGCUCGCUACCUAUUAAAUUGGUUCUUGGAAGAUUGUGGACCCAACGUAAGUAAAGUCUCGCAUCAUCAACAGGUGCUGAAAUGGAUUGCUGGCAGUUGGCCCCUCCCAGGUGUAUCCACGACCAUAGAUAGUGAAGUCAAAUGUGAAUGGCCCAGAGCUUGAGGGGGGGUGUAUUUUGUAAUGGCUGAGUGCUCUAUGGUAUUGAAUGUAGCUGAUAGGAUGGGGCUGGAUCUGAGCCCGGUACCCACAACCUCACUUCCGCUCACCAGCAGAAUGGACAGUGGUGUCACAUAGACGCUACACGGAAACAAACUGAGAAUAUUGCCCAUCUGCAAGGUGCAAUAUAUACAGUAUGUUUUUUUUGUAAAUACUUUUCUUUUUCAUUAUUUUUUGUUCUAUUUUGGCCACAACCAAGGAUGUAAAUACAAAAAAAUGAAAUAUGAAAAACCAGUAUAUGUAAAAACAUAUACAACACUCACAAACUGGAUGUUUGAGCACCAACUUGCCGGUACCUGCGUCCCACCAUCUGGUAAAAUAAGCGGGGGGGUGUGUGCUAUGUAUAUUAACGCUUCAUACUGUACAUCUGUGUGCUUGUGUGUGUACUCUCACACGCGCAUGUCGAUCCGUAUUCAGAAGUGACCCCGUGACAUUAAGCAUCCCUGUGCCUCCUAUUCUUUGCAAAGAGAUAGCUGGCCAUCCCUACAUUAUGUCCUGGCCACAACUCUAAGCUCUAUACAGUCAAGGCUAUACAGUGUGUGUCCACCAACAGACUGGUCUCUCCAGGUUAACGACGGGAGUGGGUAGCAGCCACAGUAGACAGAGUAUGUGAAGGUGUAAUGGAUAUUGCCGUUUAGAAGGGGAGGGGGGAUGGCAAGACUUCCCUAAAAGAGAAAUCAGUCAAUAUUCCCAAUAUAAAAUCUACGCCUAAACCACAGCUUGCCUGGCUACUGCCCGCUACAUCUUAACUUGGGAUAGCCCAUUUAAUGGAAUCCCCCAACAUCCCUGUCCUUUCAUCAGCAGUCAUAGCAUGGUUCAGUCCAACAGGCUGAAACAUGGGGAGAGGGAGGAGAAUAUCUGUGAUGUUAAGUUUUUUUGCAGGGGGGCUGUGUUUGCUCCACAUAUGUCAAAAUGUAGUUUUGUGAGAACAAAAAAAGGAACUUGAGAUGUCUAUGCAAAUCCGUUACAACCCCUACAAAAGCGUGCUCCCUUUACUGGCGAGGCAGACUGGCAGUCAUGUUUAAAUUAAAGCAGUUUCAACCUUGUCCGGAUUCCCCUGACCCAACUCAACUGCAUGAAUCCCAUGGGUCCUUAUUUGAUCUGGGUACAAAGGCCCUUGCUACUCUGUUGCGGGCUGAGGGUCAGGGCUGUCAAAUGAGUGGGGCCCAGGGUUGACGGGAUACUCGAAGGCUCUGUUCUCCAACCAUAACCCAGCUCACCGGCUGAUCCCUGGGGUCCAGCAAGUCUACUUGUUGAAAUGACAAAAGGCCAAGUGUUGGAAGGGCACUGUCAUAGAAAGGUUGUGCUGUUGUAAACUGCUCCAGAAUCAGUGUGUGUGAUGUGUGUACCUGUGUUACAGUAUUUGUCUACAUGAUGCAACGCUCUCAUGGUUCAGCAGAUCGAUUUGGUGCUACAUUUUUGUAGAGUUCUUUUAGAAAGACGAGUGGAUAAGAAAGAAAAAACGCUGGCAUAGAUGAGCUUUCAAAUAUUUAAUCUAGCGGCCAAAGGAAUGUCAUUCAGGACGUCAUGGCGCUCAGUGGGUGUCGAGAGACGUACGUGGGCGAGAUGCGAGUAACUUGUGCAAUGGCCGGAUGAUCUCUCACCUCUCCUCAUGGAGGUCAAAGGCCAGACCACUCAGAGACACGAGCGAAUGCACUGAUGCACAAUCGUUGAACAAACCAAGUUGCCACACAUUAACAGGACAGCUUUAACCCGCUGUACACUGACAUAGCAGCAUGUACGUAGUUGAGACGCACUUUCAGUAGCCUCGAUUCGAGAGUCUUUCCCGGAGAAUAUAAUCAUAUAAAAACAGUUCAUGAUUGUGUCAGCGUAAAGCGUUUAAACAUACUGAUUGCACCCGAUAAUGACCAAAUAGCGCUUGCAACAUUUGAACUAUUACUUAGAAUUAGUUGAACUGUUAUAUUAGUGUCGCUGUAGCCUCAAAGCCAUAGCAGUUGACAACAUUUUUUUUUUUUUUUUUUUACAAAUCUUUUGAACGAAGUGCGUUAUGUGAGCGAGUGGUGCUGUAGUUUAACUAGUCUUGUCAGACCCUAUUAGGCGAUUUACUGUGAGACAAUGUGAAUAUGCAUGACCCAUGAGAGUGUUGGCUAGAACACCUACUCUAAACAUGCACACUCACAGACACGCACCUUGUUUCUCCGGACUGGGUGAGAAAGCUAUUGAAGGAUUCUCUCAGGUAAAAAAAAUAAAAGAACAUUUUCUAGAUAAAUGAUAAUAGACCUUAGAUGAACCACAAUUGUUAGCUCAUAUUUGUUGCCCUAUGGAUGGAGAAUGUUAUGCUAUGUACUGUUUGCACUCCCUCUCGUUGGUUUUCCCAGUUCCUUCCCCCUUUACCCUUCCUCGUACGAAGAAACUGCACCGCAUCCUCAUAGCUUUGUUUUAAAUGAGAGGGUACUUCUGCCCGCGUGUGUUGGUUUGUGAGUAUAUCUGUCUUUCCAUCUCUGUCUGACGGGAUUUAUAAUGUCUGUCUGCUUCGGUGUGUGUGUGUGUCGGUGGGUGAAUGUACGUGCGUGUGUUUGGUGAUAAACACUCUGACUCACGCAGGAUUUUUCUGUAUUUGGGCCAGUUCCUUGCCCGCAGACAAAAAUAAUUAUACCCUACGGUCCAGAAGGAAUCACGCCUCACCUUUGCUUACUACAUACAGACACGCAUACAGUGUACAAAACAGAUUGUAACAAUCACGGACAGUGGAUUCCUGUUUAAUAUUCCAGUCUAUGCGCUUUCCCCCUUUUACAGCUACAGUGCAAGCAGCAAUACUCAGCUGCCCCGCACAGUUAGCGAACGGUCCACUUGCAUGGCUUCCAUCCAAUAUGGCAGCAAUUCACCAUCAGAGGAAAAGCUUUGCACCUCUGUCCACAGACGUGUUCUAUUUAGGUCUGCUUAAAACCAAUACUUAGUGAUGCAUUGGAAGCUUGGUAUGGCUCAAAUUUGUUUGUGGUGUAUGUGUGUGUGUCCGUCUUCGUCGGUUUGUAUGUGUGUGUUGUGGUGUGUUGAGUAUCCACUGACCCGCUUUGGUCUCCCCAACUCCCUAAGCAUCUUUUGAGGCCGCAGUACGAGACAGAUUUCUGUAAAACAGCCUUGUCAUAGGCUCACAUUUUUAUUUCCCUUGAAGAAUGUAGCCAAUAACGUGUUUGAGGGGUCAAAUAGGGGUGCUUAUAUUUGUCCUUUUUUGCUCCAUGUACAAGUGGGUAACCUGGAUGAGUGUGGAAAUGUUUUUGUUUUUUUGCAUUUCUCAACUCCCCCUGAGGCACCCUCGAAGAGUGGGGUCGCAGCCAGGGAUCAGAGAUUAUUGACGGUGACCCUGGAGCAAUUAGGGUUAAGUGCCUUCCUCAAGGGCAGAUCAACAGAUUUUUCACCUUUUCGGCUCAGGGAUUCUGAACUAGCAACCUUUCGGUUACUGUUCCAAAACCCUGACCGCUAGGCUACCUGCUGCCCAAAAGGCUUGGGAACCGUUCGGGGGUGGGUGAGGGGGGUUGUAACUCACAAGUGCAGAAUGCGAGCUGAUAGGAAUUCUUUUUAAAAAGGGGCUCAAAUGGAUGGACUUUUAUGCUUGCAAAUGGAAACCAGACUGUUGAUAGUGUUACCUCUGUCCUGGGUUCUCUUGUUUUUGGCAUUGCAGGUUUUGAAACGGCUGCCUUACUGAUUGUGUUUUGUAUUGCUCCCAUGUGAAACUGUACUGCAGUAUUUUAUGUAGAGAUCGAUGAUUUGUGUAGACUUUCAUUGGUUUUCUUUGAAAAAAUGCAGACAAUAGAGUUGGGCUCUUGGGGGAAAGAUAGGCCUAUAUGUAUGUUUGCUUGAUUUUUCCAGCUUCGGUCUCCUAAGAAUAACAUCAGGAGGAUAUCGUCACAGAGAAGUAGAAAUGAUUAGAGCAAACACCCCCAUAGAGGCAAUUCUGAUGCAACAGAAAAAAUAUUUUUCGAGUUCAGAGAUCGGAGGGAUCUAAUGAAAUCACCAGAUUGCCAUGUUAAUCCUGCCAACAAUAACAGGGACACGGGAGUUGGUGUGUGUGUGCGCGCCUGCGUCCAUGCGUGUGUGUGUAUGCGUGAUAUAGAGAAAGAGGUAGGUCACGCAGCUCUGUGCGACUAUAUUUUGUGUUGUGAAGUGCUUGGACUGUUCAAAGUCGUGACUGUUAGGCGUCGGUAAGCCAUCCUCUAGAUGUGCUUGUGUACAGUAGUAAGUUGAGUAAGAGUGAGCACAUGACUGUAGUCAUUAAAAAGCACUAUGACCCUUCUAUGGCACAUUGACCUGCACUGUGGCCUGCUCACUUUCUCAGGCAUGGACAGCUGGGCAAGUUAGAACUUGUGAAGAUCUUUGAAUGGGAGUAAAGCAAUUGCUCUGGCGAUUCGUCCGAUUGUGAUGUAUUGAGUCUGUUACUUACUAGGCCAAAUUUUUCACAUAUUUUUCCAAUUAGUUAUUAGCACUAUUAGGUAGUGCCUUCAAGAGCUUUUGAAAGCAGGUGAUUAUUGUUGGUUGGUCGACUUUAUGCUGCUUGGACAUCCUAUGUGUCUAUUGAAAUUUGUAAAAUUGAGAUAUUUUUUGUAAAAGGUGUGGCGGAAAUGUUAUGCCUAGACAGCAAGGAAUGUACACUAUUAAUUUUUUUUUUUUUGUUGAGAGAAUUAACACACCAUAUGUAUGAAUGCAUAUGCAAAGUUUGCCAGGUUGAAAACGGGUUUGAUCGGUCGGGACUGCUCAGGUUUGAAUGUGAGGCCUCAAAGGGUGCUUUCCUUAAACCCCUCCUCUUCCCAUGCUGUCCAUCAAAUGUCUCUCCUGUCUUCUUUUCAUGGCAAUGCUCUGACAUGUACCCUCCUAGCACAGAUCAAACCUCAAUCCAAUCGACCAAUACUCUACUAUAGCCUUUUAUUGUAUGGACAGCCAGAGAUAUACUCUGUAGUGAAGAUAAUGCCGCAAAAGGGAUCAAACGUUCUCACAGAGAAGUUCCACACAGAAACAGACGGGUCUAAUUGAGUUCCAUAGUUCACACUACUCCAUCCAGUCUACAGUAGCUGGUCUUGACAGAAGGGUCCAUGUCAAACUGCCUUUCUUACCGUCUCCACUAUUCUCCAGUCCUGGAAUAGGGACUACACUCUGGGCGAUGUUUUGCUGUACAGGUGUGUGUGAUCUCUUUGUGUUGACGUCUAUCACCUGCACUUUUGCAGUCCACUGUUCUAUCCAGAGAAAGGCCACGUGUGCCAGUUUUAUUCGAAAAGGUCUUGAACGGUGCACUUCGACAUGACACCUGAUUCAAAUCUAUUGGGUUUUAAUCUUACCAAAUUUGACCAAUGGAAAGACGCAGAGGCGAGCCUUGAUAUGGCUGUGUUGGAUUGUAUUUUCUCUGGUUCGAGUCAUUUUUGUGUCUCUUGAUGUUGUUUUUAUGGAUAUGUUUUUAUGGAUAAUUGUUUUUUUUCUUCAAAAAAGUUUUUUAACCAGUCCGUUAGCUAACUUCUCAUUAUAUUUGUGGUUAUUGUUAGAUAUUAGAUAAAACAGAAUUCAAAACCUUCAGCCAGCAGUACAUGUAAAUCUAUCAAGGCUGUAGUCUUAAUCUGAGACUGCCGUAACUGGUGGUGGCCAGAGAGCACACAGUACCCUGCUGAAAAAACUGCAUAGGCUGGUGACCAGCCUGUGUUGUUGCUGGUGACCAGCCUUAUCUGUGUUUUGGAAACUGGUCACCAGCGUACCAGCAUAUGCUGGUCACCCACAAAACCUGCGUCAAAUCACAUUAUGCUGGCCGUCUCAUUCCUAUUAUAAACUGGGUGGGUCGAGGCCUGAAUGCUGAUUGGCUUACAGCAGUGGUAUAUCAGACUGUAUACCACAGGUAUGACAAAACAUUUAUUUUUACUGUCCUAUUAGGUUGGUAACCAGUUUAUUCUAAUAAUAAUAAUAAUAAUAAGGCACCUUGAGGGUUUGUGGUAUAUGGCGUCAUGCUUAUAUAAGAACAGCCCUUAGCUGUGGUAUACUGGCCAUAUACCACACCCCCUUGUGCCUUAUUGCUUAACUGGAAUCAAGUCUGAGGGGGGAUAGCCAACAAUUCACUAUCUUAUUCACCCACAACCAGCAUUCAGAAUGACCGCCUGGGUUGGAAAGAUAAAUAAACCAUCUAAACUGGAACAACCAUUUUAGUAACGGGUGCAAUAAAUCCAACUAACAGAUUGGAUUAGUUUAGAAAAAGUUAUUUAUCUUUGUGUAGUUAAUUGAUUAAUAAAUCAAUGUACAUGCAAAAACACAGAUAUUGAAACAAACAAUUGUAAAAAAUAAAACCGCAAUAGAGCAUGCUGGGAAAUAGGAUUAUUAUGGGUGUGGUUUAGCAGACCAGCUUGGCCAGCUAGACAAUGCUGGACCAAAGCAUACAGGCAUAUCAGGAAGGGUUCUUUACGGCUGUGAUGGUUGUGAAGAACCAUCCUGUUCUUUCCCUCUCCACCAUGUUUUCCUUUCAUACAAUGAAAAUGCUACACUGUUAAACAGUUCCUGUAAUUUUACAGUACACUACAGGCUACUGGUUUCAAUGAGAGUAAACGACAACAAGUUACAGAUGUUUUACAGCUGAAUUAAGGCGUUAUUGCUGUAAAAGGACAGUAUGCUGCUGAAUGCUGGUUACCUGAGACUAUACCACACUUGGAUUUGAACUCACCAUCUCUUGGUUGCUAAUGACCUGAAUUUCCUGCUACACUGCCAGGUCUGUGGGCAUGACAGAGAUUGGCCAUAGAUUUUAAUGGCAAGAAUACAUUUCUGCACUUUGCUAAAAGUUAUCCCAGAAUCAGGUCAAUCAUUGUCAGAUAAUCUGACAACACAAACGUAAAAAUAGCAGUGCUCAGGGACACUUGAUGUAAGUGUGCAUAAUUGCUUUGGGGAUUUGAACUUGUAAGCUUUGGGGCUGAAGUGCAUUAAUGUUUCAGCAGUGCCACAAGGUACACCUUUAUUACCAAGAACAUACAGAGCCUUAGGAAAGUAUUCAGACCCCUUCACUUUUUCCACAUUUUGUUAGGUUUACAGCCUUACUCUAAAAUGUAUUAAAUAAUAUCCCCCCUUAUCAAUCGACAACAAUACCCCAUUAUUUCAAAGCAAAAACAGGUUAAACAUGUUUGCUAAUUUACUAAAAAAAAAAAAAAAAUGAAAUAUUGCAUUUACAUAAAUACUCAGACCCUUUACUCAAUACUUUGUUGAAGCACCUAUGCCAGCGAUUACAGCCUCAAGUCUUCUUUGCUAUGAUGCUACAAACUUGGCACACCUGUAUUUGGGGAGUUUCUACCAUUCUUCUCAAGCUCUGUCAGGUUGGAUGGGGAGCGUUGCUGCACAGCUAUUUUCAGGUCUCUCCAGAGAUGUUCGAUCGGGUUCAAGUCCGGGCUCUGGCUGGGCCACUCAAAGAGAUUUCAGAGACUUGUCCCGAAGCUACUCCUGUAUUGUCUUGGCUGUGUGCUUAGGGUUAUUGUCCUGCCCCAGUCGGAGGUCCUAAGUGCUCUGGAGCAAGUUUUAAUCAAGGAUCUCUCUGUAUUUUGCUUCAAUGCUGACUAGUCUUCCAGUCCCUGCCGCUGAAAAACAGCCCCACAGCAUGAUGCUGCCACCACCAUGUUUCAGUGUAGGGAUGGUACCAAAUCAUGUCCAAUCAAUUGAAUUUACCACAGGUGGACUCCCAAGUUUUAGAAACAUCUUAAGAAUGAAUGAUCAUUGGAAACAGGAUGCACCUGAGCUCAAUUUUGGAGUCUUAUAGCAAAGGGUCUGAAUACUUAUGUAAAUAAGGUAUCUGUUUUUCGUUUUUAAUACAUUUGCAAUAAUUUCUAAAAAACCUGUUUCCGCUUUGUCAUAAUGAGGUAUAGAUUGCUGAGUUUUUCUUUUUAUUUAAUCCAUUUUAGAAUUAGGUUGUAACGUAACAAAAUGUGGAAAAGGUCAAUAGGUCUCAAUACUUUCCAAAGGCACUGUAUAACCACAAACUCUCAAAAUUAGGAUACGGUUAGGCUACAGUGUUGUUCCCUGGGGUACAAAAAGGUCAUACUCACAUGGUACUUGUCGUUUCCUUUUUAGGGGACAUGUGCAGAUUAUCUAGUAUAAUGUCACAUUUUUCUACCCAAUAUUUUGAAUAUAAGGUACAAUCAUCGCUGCACUUUGAAAUCAAGGUGGUGGCAAUGUACUGGUGGGGCUCAUUAGCAUAUUUGUGUGUGUGAACUAAAAUACAUGUAUUUGUGCCAACCGUCAGUAGAAGUGUUUUACCACUUUAAUUGGAUGAUGGUUAUGUUGUCAAAGGUUGAGCACCUUUUUUAACACUGUCAGUUCUGGAAUCUUUGUAAAGAGCAUGUGACAUUAAAGAGCUGCACUGUUAAGAGGUUACUGUGCAUGUCACAGUAACUUAAUGGAAGUUAGUUGCCUGGAAGUUGCUGUGAAUUUUGUAUUACCUAAUUGACAACCAGCAGUCAGAAAAUGGUCAAAUUCACAUGAACUAAAUAGCCAGUAACUGUUAGAAACUAACUGCCAGUAAGAUGUUAUUGUAAAAGCACAGUAACUUACUAGCUGCCAGAAGUUCACAAGUACAUUCACUGAUUACAAGAAAGCUUAUAACAUUAGCUGACAACGAAUACACAGUCUUUGAGACCCAGCCUAAACUUGCCUCAGCCUCUUGGUUGUGUCAGAGAUCAGUUACUGUGAAUUUUACAAUAACUACUUGCCACAAGCUGACAGUAUGUUAUUGAACAUGAACGUCCUGGUAACCAACUGCCAUUGUGUUAUUGGAACAUGCACAGUCACCUCUUAACAAUGCAGCUUUAGAUUGUCACAAGCUCUUGCAAAUACUACAGAACUGGGAGUGGACAAAUGAGGUGCUCAACCUUCAACAACAUAACAAUAAAACCACUUAAACUGGUACAACAUUUCCUCUAAUGGUUGGGACAAAUACAACAUUUUAGACCAUGCCCACAAAUAUGCUAAUGAGCCCUCACCUGCACAUUGCCCCCACCUACAUUUCAAAGUACUGUGAAAGUAAUGUUGCGUUUGUAACCAAGUGGGAAGAGAACAUUUUCCAGUUGUGAAGUUGUAAAUGCCAGCAUUCACGUCCUUUAAACACGUUGAGAAAUGCUGAUUGGCUGAUGGAUAAAAAGCUGCAAAAACCAUAAACUAAAAGUACACUGUAAAAAAAGCCAAAUUGUUUUUAUGGUAAUCUACUGGCAGCCAGGUACCUGUAUGUUACUGUGCAAAAAGUUACAGUAUGUUACUGUAAAUUCCAAAGAAACUUGGUUUAACAGUACAUUCAUUUUUAUUUUUUACAGUAAUGCACUGUUAAACCAGGUAACUGGCUGCCAGUAAGUUACUGUAGAAACAAGUUAUGGUUUUUACAGUGUGGUCAACAGUGAAAACACAACAAAGGCUGAUCACCAGCAAAAACACAACGAAGGCAGGUCACAAGCGACUCCACAAUGAAGACUGGUCACCAGCAUAAAAACAAAAUAUGCUGAUCACCAGCAAAAACACAACGAAGGCUUGUCUGCCAGCUUGACCAUGCUGGUCUGCCAGCAUAACCAGUGACCAGGAGUAGGCAACCCUGGUCCUGGAGUGUCACAGGCACUUCCAGGCCCUCCCCCCAACCCCACAUUUUGCCAUGACUUAUGCCAUGUUAAUAUGAUAUCUCAGAUCUGAAAUGGGGGCCCCCUAGAGGUCAGACAAGUUUAGAUAGCUGGUUAGACUAACUACCCUAAUUUACCAAUCUAAAUAUUGUUAAUUGACAUGGGCUAAUUGAUUGACUGACAGUGAGCUACAUAUAACAAGAGGUAACUGCUAAUGCACAACAAAGUUUUGAAAUGGUACUAUUCUAAUUCAUCAGUAAGUUGAGACCCCGACUGAGUUCCACAUAAAAAAAAAAUUCAAGAAUAAAAUACACCUCGGUGUCCUCAUAUGUAGCGUUUGCAGUCAUAUGCAGUGUUUCCCACCCCCUUCCUCCUGAACCUAUACCCUCGUCCCAUUCCCCCUUCUCGCCCUAGCAUCUGAACCCCCCCUCUUCCUCCAAGAAUCCAGUGGGUGGUGUGAUGUCAGGUUUUUGUGGUGGGCUGCUUAUGACAGGUCCAGACAAUCAGCGUGUUUGUAAACGUUAGUAUGUGAUUUUUUUCAAACCUUUGUUUAUGGUCAGGAUUUUAAAGGAAGAUAUUUUUAUGGUGAUUGUCGCUGGUCUAUUUGACUAUAUAUUUAUGUAAUAAAUAUGUGACUAAAUUUACA